AUGGGACAGUAUUGGACGUGGAUAAACCUCGACAAGAUCGACCAAACGAUGGGCAAAAGCAUGGGGAAAUUUGGGGAAGCCUGCUGGAGUCCAACUGAUGUCCUGCUUUUUCUUCGACCUCCGCCCCGGCCAAUGUCUAUAGAGUUGCGCAGAGUCCCUCCUGAGCCCGAAGACAACUACAGGCUCCGAGUCAAAGAAAUGGAGGAAAUGGUGGAAAGAUUCAACCGCUACUCGUACAGCCCAGGUUCUUGGGCGGGCGAUCGUAUUAUCCUCCUCGGCGACUACGCUGCGGACUACCCUCCAUCGCUGACUCUCCGGGACAUUGAACGGGUCUCGAAUAUCUGCGAGGUCAAUGACAUCGAGGUCGGGAGCGUCCCCCCAAUCUCUCACGAGAGGCGAGCAAAAAUGACGCCGGAAGAGCUGGCCACUGAAGAAGCAGAGAACGCAGCGCGCAAUGUAUACCGAAUGAUGGAUGAAGUGGCAAGCCCAUAUCAAUGGGACAGAGACAGAUACGACAACGGCCGGCUGAAGGUCGAAGACUACACGGCAUUUCCGAAGCAAACCGGCUGGGUCCUGCGCAAUCUCACCAAGCGCGUCUACGUCCGCUCAAACGGCAUCCCCUACAUGCCGAACGACAGCAGCGGGAACAUGGAGUACUACCAUUACCCUAAACUCGAGGGAACCCCCGGCCUCUCUCAGGUGCUCUACAUGCGCUGCGCGUGGUCAACAGACAAUUCAAUGGCCAUCAUGUAUGAGGGGAACCCGCCGCUUCAUCGCGGACUUUGGGCAAGUGACAGGUUCGACGUCGUUCCCCUCGAGGACACCGCUGAGGUGCUUCGCGAUGAAGGAUGGGAAGAUGUGACGAGAGAACUGGCGAAGGAGAUGUACGAGAUAUACAAGGCUCAAUACGGCAGGAAGGUUUAUCCGGCAUGGGUAGAAGAGCCAGAGUCUGACGAGGAGUCUAACGAGGAAGCUAGUCUCGUCCCCGUUAGGGUAUUGACGCUGGCGAGCUGUCCGGGCUUUUGA